AUGUUCAGUCGCCACGUAGCGAAUCUGCUGGGCAUGGGCGAGAUGGACGGCGGUCCCGGCAGCGGCUUUUCGCAGUGCUACAGCUGCUUCCCCGUUUCCUUCAUCGGGAAAGACGAGAUGGAAAAGGGCAACAAAAUUUUGCUGCCGCAGUCUGCGCUGCAUGCGCUCGCGCGCCUCCACAUCUCUUGGCCGAUGCUCUUCGAGGUCGUGAACGAAGCGAAAGAUCGUCGCACGCACACCGGCGUCCUCGAGUUCGUUGCGGAGGAAGGAACUUGCCACUUUCCUUACUGGAUGAUGCAAAAUUUGGGACUGGAAGAAGGAGACAUCGUCCGAGUCCGGAACAUCAGCUUGCCGAAAGGCACCUUCGUCGAGCUUCAACCGGUCACCACUGAGUUCCUUCAAGUUUCCAAUCCAAGAGCUGUGCUGGAGGUGGCGCUCAGAGGCUACGCCGCGCUGACCGUGGGGGACCUGAUUUACUUGCCCUUUCUAGACAAGGGAUUCCAGCUUCUCGUCACGGAUCUCCGGCCGGCACCUGCAGUGUCGAUAAUCGAAACAGACAUGGAGGUUGAAUUCAAGGCUCCAGAGGGCUACGUUGAGCCGACCGUUCGAGCCAAGCAGAGCACGUCUGAAGCAGACGCCGCGAUGAACAGCGAAGAAGAGUCCUCGGAGAUUGACUCUGCAGAGUCGGACAGCAGUCAACGAGUAUUGUUUGCCGGGAAAGGCACACGGCUGGACGGGAAGGCGAUCAGAGCGUCUCCCGAGAGCGCACCAGCGAAGAAGGAAGAGGAAACUCGGGAGCCGUGGAAGAACCGGAUCAAAAACGGCGUCCGCACGAAAUGUGCAGAGUACGACGAACUGGUUCGAGAAGGAAGAAUUCCUGGAUUUAUCGGAAAAGUCUCCUCAGGGACAGCAGGGCGCCUCCCGGGUGUCUCCGGAGACGCCGGUGAAGGAAGCGCCAACUCCCGGGGAUUCGCGGCGUUCUUUGGAAAAGGCAAUACCUGCGAGUAACUGAGACGUCCAGGAAAAGCUCCGAGAGAGAAGAGAGGGAGGAACGAGACUGAAGAGAGAAGGGAGCCGAGAACAGAGCAGAAAGGGAGAGGACGCAGAGAGAUCCGGAGAAAGCGGCGAGGCCGGAAGUCUCUGAGAUUUGUUUUUCUCCGUCGAGGAUUUUGCAGGAAAGCGAGAGAAAAGAACAAAGGGGCAAGAGAAAGGUUCUGUCGUAUACGAACGCGCCGCUCCAACCACUCCACGGAAGAGGAGGCUCACCCUCCCCCGGUGGAGAACAGAACGGCGCUGAAUGCACGGUGAAGAAAGUUCGAAGAAGCGGCUCGACGUCCCCUCAGGUCUUUCGGCGGCUUCGCCGUUCGACCUCGCAAGGGCUCGCAGAGAUAAGCGCCUUGCGUGUGUGAUAAACCUGGACUCUUGUGAAGGAACAGUGUGAAAGAAACGAGGCUCAGAAACAAACCUAUGGACGCUCAAUCCUAGAAAUAACUGAACAAAUAUACAGACAUGUAUGUAUUGGUAUAUCUGUGUGUGUCAUGUUCGACUGUGUGCGGUGUAGAUGGAGUCGCAUCGUUUCUGUCAGUGGAGUUGAGAGGAAAAGUGAGCCGGUGCGUCUUGUGUGAGGAAGACCUCUUUUUUUGGAAGGGAUAUGGUGAGCGAAGUCGCUUUCUGCUCGAGCAGAGAGAAGCAUCGAGGUGCCUUCGAUUGGGAGGUUCCACGUGUAAAGCA